AUCAUUUCGCUUACUGCUCUCAAACAUUCCGCAAAAUGAUCAAGAAAUUCGACAAGAAGGACGAGGAGUCUGGAAGUGGCUCAAACCCCUUUCAGCAUUUGGAGAAGAGCGCUGUACUACAGGAGGCUCGGAUCUUUAAUGAGACGCCUAUAAAUCCAAGAAGAUGUCUGCAUAUCCUGACCAAGAUCAUUUACCUGCUCAACCAGGGUGAGCAUUUUGGAACCACAGAAGCCACUGAAGCUUUCUUUGCCAUGACAAGGCUGUUCCAGUCUAAUGAUCAAACCCUGAGAAGAAUGUGCUACCUGACCAUAAAGGAGAUGGCCAACAUCUCAGAGGAUGUGAUCAUUGUUACAAGCAGCUUGACAAAGGACAUGACUGGCAAAGAGGACGUUUAUAGAGGACCAGCAAUCAGAGCUCUCUGCAGGAUCACUGAUACCACAAUGUUGCAGGCUAUUGAACGAUACAUGAAACAGGCCAUUGUGGACAAAGUGCCCAGCGUCUCCAGCUCUGCUUUGGUUUCAUCACUACAUAUGGUGAAGAUGAGCUUUGAUGUUGUAAAACGCUGGGUCAAUGAAGCGCAGGAGGCGGCAUCGAGUGAUAACAUUAUGGUGCAGUAUCAUGCUCUGGGUCUUUUGUACCACCUGAGGAAGAAUGAUCGUCUCGCUGUGACCAAGAUGCUUAAUAAAUUCACCAAAUCUGGUCUGAAGUCUCCGUUUGCAUACUGCAUGAUGAUUCGCAUUGCCAGUAAACUGCUGGAGGAGACGGAGGGAGGGCAUGACAGCCCACUGUUUGACUUCAUUGAGAGCUGCCUGAGGAAUAAACAUGAGAUGGUUGUUUAUGAAGCAGCCUCUGCCAUCGUCCACAUGCCCAACUGUACUGCCCGUGAGCUGGCUCCUGCUGUAUCUGUUCUCCAGCUGUUCUGCAGCUCUCCCAAAGCAGCACUCCGAUAUGCAGCAGUGCGGACUCUUAAUAAGGUGGCGAUGAAGCACCCGUCAGCAGUGACCGCAUGCAACCUGGACCUGGAGAAUCUGAUCACUGACUCCAACCGCAGCAUCGCCACCCUGGCCAUCACCACCCUGCUGAAGACCGGCAGCGAGAGCAGUGUAGACCGCCUCAUGAAGCAGAUCUCCUCCUUCGUCUCCGAGAUCUCAGAUGAGUUCAAGGUGGUUGUGGUCCAGGCCAUCAGUGCUCUGUGCCAGAAGUAUCCGAGAAAGCACAGCGUAAUGAUGAACUUUCUCUCAAACAUGCUGCGAGACGAUGGUGGCUUCGAGUACAAGAGGGCCAUUGUAGACUGCAUCAUCAGCAUCAUCGAGGAAAACCCGGAGAGUAAAGAAACCGGUCUGGCCCACCUGUGCGAGUUCAUCGAGGACUGCGAGCACACCGUCCUGGCCACUAAAAUUCUCCACUUGCUGGGGAAAGAGGGUCCUCGUACCCCUACACCCUCCAAAUACAUCCGCUUCAUCUUCAACCGUGUGGUGCUGGAGAGCGAAGCGGUUCGGGCCGCUGCUGUUAGCGCCUUGGCCAAGUUUGGGGCUCAAAACGAUGACCUGCUGCCAAGCGUCUUGGUCCUGAUGCAGAGGUGUAUGAUGGACAGUGAUGAUGAAGUGAGAGAUAGAGCCACAUUCUACAUGAACGUCCUUCAGCAGAAGCAGAAGGCCCUGAAUGCUGCUUACAUCUUCAAUGGUCUGUCUGUAUCAGUUCUCGGACUGGAGAAAUCCCUCCACCAGUACACUCUGGAGCCCUCCGAGAAGCCAUUUGACAUGAAGACAGUUCCCUUGGCUACUGCGCCCAUUACUGAACACAAAACAGAAAUUGCUCCUGUGGCAACAAGCAAACUACCCGAAAAGCUUGCGCCUUCACGCCAAGACAUUUACCAAGAGCAACUUUCAGCCAUCCCAGAAUUCCAGGGCCUGGGUCCCCUGUUCAAGUCUUCCGAGCCGGUGCAGUUAACAGAAGCAGAGACGGAGUAUGUGGUGCGCUGCAUCAAACAUACUUUCGCGAAUCACAUGAUCUUUCAGUUCGACUGCACCAACACGCUGAACGACCAGCUGCUGCAGAAGGUUCUGGUCCAGAUGGAACCAUCGGAGUCAUACGAAGUGCUCCAUUACGUACCUGCAGCCAAUCUUCCCUACAGCCAGCCCGGCUCCUGCUACAGCCUCGUCCGGUUACCGGAGGAUGACCCCACCGCAGUCUCUUGCACAUUCAGCUGUACAAUGAAAUAUCUGGUGCGGGAUUGUGAUCCUAACACAGGAGAGCCUGAUGAUGACGGUUACGAUGAUGAAUAUGUGCUGGAAGAUUUAGAGGUGACGGUCGCCGACCACAUACAGAAAGUGCUCAAACCGAACUUCGCUGCAGCAUGGGACGAGGUCGGAGACGAGUGUGAGAAGGAAGAGACGUUUGCUCUGGCCACAGUCAGAACUCUAGAUGAGGCAGUAAAUAACAUCGUCAGCUUCUUGGGCAUGCAGCCUUGUGAGCGUUCAGACAAAGUUCCGGAAAACAAGAACUCGCAUGUUCUCUUCCUAGCAGGUGUGUUUCGAGGAGGUCAUGAUGUGUUGGUGAGGGCUCGUUUGGCUCUGGCUGAUGGCGUCACUAUACAGGUGACUGUCAGGAGCACAGAUGACAACGUGGUGGACGUCAUCCUAGCAUCUGUGGGCUAAACAAGCGAUGUUAUGAUGCCAAUCAGUCUCAGUCAUUGUCCUUUUAUAUAUGUAUCUACAUAGAAGCUCUAUAAUAUUUCUCAUCACCAUCCUCUGAGACAUCCUGUUUCUGCAUUAAAUCUCUUUCGGAGAUGUUUCUAAAUUAUGUUGUGCCACUUUAAUUCAAGAGAUCUUAUGAUAAUUCCCUCUUUGGCAUUUGAUGGCAGUACUUUUCAUUUAUCAAUAAUAAAAACAGCCCCAAAGAGUACCAAA